CUUAUGCCUCUAUUCCUGGGGACUGUGAAUAGGAGGCAUUUUUCCAUAUAUAUGGAAGGAAAGAGGGAUGUGUGGCUUGCAAGGAGAAAGCAGAACCUGAGAUUGCACUGUAGAAGCAUUCCUCCUGGUAGAGGGACCCCAGAUAAUAUAACCACCAGACAAUGGACCACAUGGAGACAAUGAUCCCCUUCAGCCCCCUAUCCAGAGACUCUGCCCAGAGGAGCAAGCAAUUUCAGAUGUUCCCAGAGAGAAGGGAGUAAGAUUUUAUUGUCAGUCGAGGUCAGAGCUGGGAGUGAAUCAUGAAAGCCCCACCCCAGAUAAACAGGGUACAGUGUCCUUUUGACAGUGCUUUUGAGCCAUUGAGCCCUCCCCAUACUUUCACAUCUACAUCUGAGGACUCGUGGUACUUAGUGCCAAAUUGUAAGCUUCCUGGGCAUUAGAGGAUGCCUUUGUGCUGACUUCCAGAAAUUACACCCUUUUCACAUUUCAACAACCAGAUCUGGAGACUUUCGGGCUCGAAGCCAUUUUAUAAGUUUCCUGGAGUGGAGACAGCUGUGCCGCCAUUUCCAAGCAGAGGGACUUGUGGGACACUCAGAGCCAUUUUGUGAAGUUCUUGGAGGUGAGACAGCCACACUGCCUUUUCUGAGUAGAGGAAGGUGAGGCUGUGGACUGUGUAUCAUAGAGCAGCAGAAAGAGCCAAGUCUGGUUACAGAGGGACGUGUCCAGUAUCUGCUAGCCAUCCAGGUCUGUGAAUCCUCUUCCUUGUGAGCUGCACACUUUCCUGUCUGCUGUUCCUAAGGAAAGUCAUGAUGCAUCAUACUCGGGAUAGCCGGUACAGAAAUCUUCAGGAUGGCUCUCAGUCCCAAAGGGGGGUGAGGGGCCUGGAUAGUGCCCAGGUCCCCAUGGUUGAGGAAGCAGAAAUGAUUGCCACCACAUCAAGGGAGCUGUCUGAUGGAGGAACACCAGGUUCUUCCCAGAGUUCUCUGAGGGCCUCUUCUCCACCUAUGGUCAUGGGUCCCAAUUCAGGAAGACCAUCAGAUGAAGCCUCUCACAAUGAAGUAGAGGAACACGAAGAACCUGUGCCCUCAAUGCAUGAUGCACUAAAACUAAAGAUAGUUGAGUUGGUGUAUUUCCUGCUCCUCAAGUAUCAAAGGAAGGAGCUGAUCACCAAGGCAGAAAUACUGGAUAGUGUCAUCAGAGAUUAUGAGGAGCACUACCCUGUGAUCUUUAGUGAGGCCUCUGAGAGCCUAAAACUGGCCUUUGGGAUUGAUGUGUUGGAAGUGAACCCCCUUAUCCACACCUAUGUCCUUAUCAGUUCCUUGGGGAUCACCUAUGAUGGGAUGUAUCAUGGUGCCCUGGGCAUACCCAAGACAGGCCUUCUAAUAAUGUCCCUGUGCAUUAUCUUCAUGGAGGGCAACUAUGUCAGUGAGGAGAGGUUCUGGGAAGUGUUGAGUAAAAUAGGGAUGUAUGAUGGGAGGAAUCACUUCCUAUUUGGGGAGCCCAGGAAACUCUUUACUAAGAAUUUUGUGCAGGAAGGGUACCUGGAGUACAGGCGGGUGCCUGAGAGUGAUCCUCCUCGAUUUGAGUUCCUGUGGGGCCCAAGAGCCCACGCUGAAACCACCAAGAUGAAAAUCUUGGAAUUUUUUGCAAGUGUAGCUAGGAGUGAUCCCAGGUCCUACCCUGACAGAUAUGCAGAUGCUUUGAGAGAUGAAGGAGAGAGGGCCUAGGCCAGAAUUGCCCAGCAGGCAUUGAUGCUUAGAAUAGUGCAAGUUCAAGAUUACUAGCAGCUUUCAGGUAACAUAGGUAGAGCCAGUGAUAUAAAUAAUAGUGUGUCAGGCUACAACUGGUGGUAGUAAACUGGAUCAUUCCAUUUUUUCUGUUCUGUUUUGGUGACUCACGAUAUGUCUUCAUUAUAUUCCAAUUUUUUUCUCCUUUUACUAGAAGGUUCAUUAAGUUUAGAUUUUAAAGUUACAAACUAUGUUAGUAAUGUAUCUGUUACUGAUUAUCCAGGUUAAGAGAGUGUUACUGUUUUGUUUAAGAAAUUAAUAUGCCUUUCAUUUUACUUGUAAUCUAUCACUAGUUGCCAUGGAAUUCAAGUUGCUAUUUCUUUGGUAAUGUGAAAUAACUUGGC